UCCACAGACGAUCAAUCUAGUCUUAGAUCUAAAGCUACAGCAAAGAUGAAGACUAUCGCCUGUCUGGCUGCUCUUGCCCUUGUGUUGGCUCUAUCUGUCAACGUAGAGGGGCAUGCUAUCGACAUUCAUAAGGUGAAAUCGUCAUCGCAUGAUAAUGUGCUGGAAAUCGACAUUCAAAUUAAAUCUGAAGAACUAGAACAACCAGAAGAUCCAAGAGCUCCCGAAGAUCCAGAAGAUCCUAGAGCUCCAGAAGACCCAGAAGACCCAAGGGCUCCUGAAGAUCCAGAAGAUCCUAGAGCUCCAGAAGACCCAGAAGAUCCUAGGGCUCCUGAAGAUCCCGAAGAUCCUAGAGCUCCCGAAGAUCCAGAAGAUCCCAGGGCCCCUGAAGAUCCAGAAGACCCCAGGGCUCCUGAAGACCCAGAAGACCCCAGGGCUCCUGAAGAUCCAGAAGAUCCUAGAGCCCCUGAAGAUCCAGAGGAUCCUAGAGCUCCGGAAGAUCCCGAAGACCCCAGAGCUCCUGAAGAUCCAGAAGAUCCCAAAGCCCCAGAAGACCCAGAAGACCCUAGAGCUCCAGGCGAACCCAGAGCUGCUGACAUACCAGAAGACCCUAGGGCUCCUGAAGAUCCAGAGGAUCCUGAAGACCCCAGGGCUCCUGAAGACCCUGAAGAUCCCAGGGCCCCCGAAGAUCCAGAAGAUCCCAGAGCCCCAGAAGACCCAGAAGACCCAAGGGCUCCUGAAGAUCCAGAAGAUCCCAGAGCUCCAGAAGAUCCAGAAGAUCCUAGAACUCCAGAAGAUCCAGAAGAUCCUAGGGCACCUGAAGAUCCAGAGGAUCCAAGGGCGCCAGAAGAUCCAGAAGAUCCUAGAGCUCCAGAAGAUCCCGAAGAUCCAGAAGAUCCUAGGGCUCCAGAAGACCCAGAAGAUCCUAGAGCUCCUGAAGACCCAGAAGACCCAGAAGACCCUAGAGCUCCAGGUGAGCCCAGAGCUGCUGAUUUACCAGAAGAUCCAAGGGCUCCUGAAGAUCCUGAGGAUCCUAGGGCUCCAGAAGACCCUGAAGACCCUAGGGCCCCUGAAGAUCCAGAAGAUCCUAGGGCUCCUGAGGAUCCAGAAGAUCCCCGAGCUCCAGAAGAUCCUGAAGACCCCAGGGCUCCUGAAGACCCAGAAGAUCCCAGGGCUCCUGAAGACCCAGAAGAUCCCAGAGCUCCUGAAGACCCAGAAGAUCCCAGGGCUCCAGAAGAUCCAGAAGACCCCAGGGCUCCUGAGGCUCCUGAAGAUCCCAGAGCUCCUGAAGACCCAGAAGAUCCCAGAGCUCCAGAAGAUCCCGAAGAUCCCAGGGCUCCUGAAGAUCCAGAACACCCAGAACCAUAUUAAUUUAUUAAAUUCAUAUUAUUCAUUUCAACCUAAUAUUAAAUAACAAAUAAACACAUGCUAUUUAACACA